AUUGAACUGUAUCGAUUCAGAGCAGCAGCGUGUAUGUGUGUGUCAGUGGCAGUGAUUCAGCGGGCUACAGAGACUCGGAGCUCACCAUUUUACCCGAUCUGUGUGAAGGACAACAGCGUUUGAGAUGUGUUUUUUACGUUUCUGACUGAAUUAGGAUUAAAAAGCCAACAUGACGGUGGAUUUUGAGGAGUGCAUUAAAGACUCGCCCCGGUUCAGAGCAAACAUCGAUGAGGUGGAGACAGAUGUGGUGGACGUCGAGGCCAAACUUGACAAGCUGGUGAAGCUGUGCAGCGGGAUGAUCGAGGCUGGCCGGGCGUACACCAGCGCUAAUAAACUCCUCAUCAACGGCAUCCGAGAUCUCUCGCAGCACUGCAAGGAGGAAAUGAUCUCUGAGUUUCUGGAGAAAUGCGGAGAGAGCCUUCAGGAAAUCGUUAACUACCACAUGAUCCUCUUUGACCAAGCCCAGAGGUCCAUUAAGCAGCAGCUCCACACUUUUGUCAAAGAGGAUGUGCGCAAGUUUAAGGAGACGAAGAAGCAAUUCGACAAGGUGCGGGAGGACAUGGAGAUAGCGCAGGUGAAAAACGCUCAGGCUCCACGCAACAAGCCGCACGAGGUGGAAGAAGCCAGCAGCACGCUCAUCGUGAGCCGGAAGUGCUUCCGACAGCUCGCCCUCGACUACGUACUACAGAUCAACGUUUUACAGGCCAAAAAGAAGUUUGAAAUCCUCGACUCGAUGCUGUCCUUCAUGCAUGCACAAUACACGCUGUUCCAGCAGGGAUACAACCUUCUGGAUGAACUCGAUCCCUACAUGAAAAAGCUUGCCGCUGAGUUGGAUCAGCUGGUGAUCGACUCGGCCAUGGAGAAGAGGGUGAUGGAGCACAAGCACGCCGUCAUUCAGCAGCAGACUUUGAUGCAGGACUUCGCCUGUGACGAUUCCAAGGUGGAAUUCAACGUGGACGCGCCGAACGGGAUUGUGAUGGAGGGAUAUCUGUUCAAGCGAUCUACAAAUGCUUUCAAAACAUGGAACAGGCGAUGGUUCUCAAUACAAAACAGCCAGCUUGUCUAUCAGAAGAGGCUUAAGGAUGCUCUUACGGUCGUGGUGGAGGAUUUGAGGCUUUGUUCCGUCAAACCUUACGAGGACAUCGAACGGAGGUUCUGCUUCGAAGUGGUUUCACCGACAAAAAGCUGCAUGUUGCAGGCCGAGUCUGAGAAGCUGCGUCAGGCCUGGAUUCAGGCAGUGCAGGCCAGCAUCGCCUCGGCCUACAGAGAUACCACAGAGAACUAUUAUAUAGAGCAUUUGGACAGAACGGCGUCUCCCUCCACCAGCAGCAUCGACUCGGCCAGCGAGCCACGGGAGAGGAGUGUGAGGUUAGAGAGUGUGCUUCAGAGGGUUCAGUCUCUCCCCGGAAACGAGGUGUGCUGUGACUGCGGCCAGGCCGAGCCACGCUGGGCCAGCAUCAACCUGGGCAUCCUGCUGUGCAUCGAGUGCUCCGGGAUCCACAGGAGUUUAGGUGUACACUGCUCGAAGGUACGCUCUUUAACACUGGACUCCUGGGAACCAGAACUUAUGAAGUUAAUGUGUGAGCUUGGAAACACGGUAAUUAAUCACAUCUACGAGGGAGCCUGUGAAGAAAGAGGUCUGAAAAAACCCAGACCCAACAGCUCGAGGCAAGAGAAAGAGGCCUGGAUCAAAGCUAAGUAUGUGGAAAGGAAGUUCCUAAAGAAAAUGUGUGGCUUAGAAGCAUUGGUCCAAGGUGGCAGGAAGUCUCAUCACUGGCACGUAAAAAAGUGCAGAAGAAACAACAGCGCCAUCGGAGCACUCAAAACUCGACACAAAUACAGACACGAUGGUGGAAGUGUGUCGCCGGCUAACUUAUCUGCAGCUGCUGCAGCAGCCAAAUUCCGCAGAGAAUCGCUUUUCUGCCCCGACGAACUGGACUCGCUUUUCUCCUACUUUGACACCGGCUCCGGGCCACGCAGUCUCAGCAGUGACAGCGGCCUCGGCGGCAGCACAGACGGCAGCACUGACAUCCUGGUGUUCGGCUCGGUGGUGGACAGUGUCACGGAAGAGGUGUGUGAAGACUCAGAGGAAUCCAGCGGAGAGGUUGAGGUCGAGCAGGAGUCAUCGGACCCGGAGGACAUGCGGGAGCUGCAUCCCAGUGUGUUGCUCUAUAAAGCCUCACAAGCCCGGAACCUGCCUGUCAUGGCUGAGGCGUUAGCGCACGGAGCAGACGUCAACGCUGUCAACGAAGAGAACGAAAGCAGGAGCCCUUUAAUACAGGCUGUGACUGGGGGUUCUUUAGUAGCCUGUGAAUUCCUGCUGCAGAACGGAGCUGAUCUAAAUCAGAAAGACGCACGAGGACGAGGCCCGCUUCACCAUGCCACAUCUCUGGGCCACACAGGGCAGGUGUGUCUGUUCCUGAAACGAGGAGUGUCUCAGACGGAGGUGGACGAGGAUGGUCAGGACCCUCUGAGCAUUGCUGUGCAGGCAGCUAAUGCAGACAUUGUAACUCUGUUGCGGUUGGCUCGGAUGAACGAGGAAAUGCGCGAGGCAGACGGACCCCUCGGACAACCAGGUCAAUAUCCCGGCAGCAGCCCCACCGAGCAGCAGUACAAGAAGUGCAUUCAGGAGUUUAUCUGCCUUACCAUAGACGAGUGCUAGGGGGAGCUCCUGAGCAGAACUAGUGGGAAGGGUCAGGUAGCACUGAUUUGAGGUGGCAACUUUGCGUCGUUAAAACUGACUGAAGACGCUUCGUCUCUCAGUACGAAUAUUCGUUAAGGAACACAUCUUCGGUCACAUUCCUGACAGUUGUGUACUGCUAUACAGUAUGAUGUAUUUUAGACCUUUAUGGUAAUAUGUAGCUUGUCUCGGUCCACAAAGAUAUUUAGGAUAAACGAUUCAACACUUUAUAGAUGUUAUCACAGUAGUGUCUAUGGAACGUUCAGUACUCAACCCCACACUGAACGACCGGGUUUACUAGAGAUCAGUCGCAGGUAGUUUCCGUGUAGCUGAUGUUUUCGAAUCCGAUAGUAGACUUUCUGUGGUAAUAUUUUGCCGUCGUGUACAAAUACGACUGCGUGCACUUUUCCUAUCGACAGUAUUUUUAGAAUAUGUAUAUGUUCUGUUUUAUGUGUUGUUUAGUUAUAUUUUUAUUUAUGAAGUUCUGCCAGAGGACUAGUGCAAUGGAAACUUUUUUUUUUAGUUUCAAGCUUAAUAUAAUUCAGUUUUAACUGGACUUGCAUUGAUCCGCUCUCUCAAUAGGACUCAUGAUUGGUUUUAAUUUGAAUUCCUGUAAUUGCAGGUAUUUUUAAGCUAGUUUAAAGUUGUAGAAUAAUACCAGACGACAGUUAAGCUAAAUUAUUUAUCAAGGCAAAGGUAAAUAAUAUGUUUUGUAUAUUUGUAUAAAAGUCCCCCAGUAUGACGUAAUAUGAUUUAUUUUCCUGAGCUCUUUGUUAAGGUCAGUAGCUGAUAGUUGGUUUCUGCAUGCAGAAUAUGCUCGCAUGCAUGGUUUCUUAAGCUGCCCAUAUCCUCGUUUUUUAGAAAUGCAUGAGGUUUUUGAUGGCAUCUGUUUCCGUGCAGUUCGAAAUAAAAUGGAGUUUUUUUUGUUUUUUUAACGUACCUCAGCAUGAACUUCAGCUCUGUUUUGCGUUCUCAGCCCUGGACAUGAUGCAAUUAGUAGUGGAAAUGCAGUGUUGCAGUGUCAUGAUGGUCAGCUAUAAAAUCCAUACCUCUAAAGACAAAUGAAUGGAAUUGAUCAUGCUUGAGGCAUUUUUAGACAAACUGCACUGGGAAAACUGACCAGUUUUCUGUUUAAGAGGGGGAAAAUGUACUUUUAUCUAAUUACAAAAAAAGAAAAUCAGAAACAUGAUUCUGUCUUUUGGAGUGUAUUUAACGUGAGCAUGUACAAUUUCCUCUGAAUAACUGUGGUGUAAAUACACUUUACUGUUCCCACCUGCUUGCACUCUGAGUUCUACUGUGCAUCUGUUUAAAAGUCCUGUAUUUGGAGAUAUUAUUUACGCAACUGAAAUUGCAACAAAAACGUUUGUCACUGAAAAAAAAAGCUGAAAGAAUAAAACUAUGAUGCUUUUGGACUCCUCG